AUGGAAAUCUCAGACAAGAUCUCAUUCAUGGAGGGAGCAGCGGCCGAACAGGCUAAAACUCGCGACGACCUCCUGGUAAUUGAGCUGACGAUCCACGACAUCGACGUCGCGAGAGUACUAAUCGACACCGGAAGCUCGGUUAACAUCAUCUUCCAAGAAACUCUCGCGAAGAUGCAGAUCGAUCCGUCGGAAAUUACAGAAGACGCAAGCCCGCUGGUAGGGCUUUCGGGAGAACCCACCAUCGCUUCGGGGUCAAUCAGUUUCGCAGACAAAGCCGGAACGGUAGAAAAACUAACGGAAUUCCUAGUAGUGGAUCUCCCGGCAUCAGUGUCGCGGAUAUGUCUCGCUGCGGAACUCAAGCGCAAGAGGUCCGAUCUCGACACCGCUCCCAAGAAAACUAAGAAAACGAUUACAGACGAAGACACACAGGAUUUGGCUGAACUCUUCUGGCAAUCUCGAAGGGCUGAUGCCCUAGAAGAAAAACGCGAACCAACCUGUGAACCCGUAAUUACGGUUUGUCUCGAUGAAGCAUUCCCAGAACGUUGUGUCGAAAUCGGAGCCAAUCUCCGCGAGCCCUUGAAGACAAAACUCGUAGCCUGUCUUAAGAAAAAUCUUAACACAUUCGCAUGGACUGCGGAGGACAUGCCAGGAAUCGACAUUAACAUUACCUGCCAUGAACUAAAUACCGAUCCGACGUUCAAACCAGUCAAGCAGAAAAGGCGAAAGCUAGGCCCCGAACGAGCAACCGCAGUCAAUGAAGAAGUCAAAAAACUUCUUAAGAAGAACGGAAAAUGGCGAGUGUGCGUCGAUUUUACCGAUCUCAAUAAAGCAUGCCCGAAAGAUAGUUUCCCUUUGCCGCAUAUCGACCGGCUGGUCGAAGCAACAGCAGGGAAUGAACUCUUGUCCUUCAUGGACGCGUUCUCGGGAUACAAUCAGAUUAUGAUGAAUCCUGAUGACCGCGAGAAAACAGCGUUCAUUACGGAUCGCGGGACUUAUUGCUAUAAAGUAAUGCCUUUCGGCCUCAAGAACGCCGGCGCAACAUAUCAACGACUCGUUAAUCGAAUGUUCGCCGAUCAACUCGGAAAAACGAUGGAGGUUUACAUUGACGAUAUGCUCGUCAAAUCCCUUCGCUCUAACGACCAUGUCGACCAUCUUGAGGAGUGCUUCUCCCGGCUAAAUUCACAUAACAUGAAACUUAACACGGCCAAAUGCAGAUUCGCCGUAGCAUCGGGAGAAUUCCUUGGAUACUUGGUAACUUAUCGCGGGAUAGAAGCCAACCCAAAACAGAUCGAUGCACUCAUCGGGAUGGCCUCUCCCAAAAACAAGCGAGAAGUACAAAGGUUGACCGGGAGGGUCGCAGAACUCAAUCGGUUUAUAUCCCGAUCCUUUCUACGACGUCCUGCGGGGAAACAAAAAAUUUGA